AUGAAUUUCUUUGGAGGUCCUUUGCCAACCUCUGCCAAAGCGUCUGCAAGUCUGCGGCAUCUUGAGUCAGAGAACCAAGAUGCAAUGUUUAUUUUCUUAUCAGAUGUCUGGCUUGAUCAACCAAAGGUAAUACACAAACUGAAAGUUCUUUUCAGUGGCUACUAUGAAUGUCCUCCAGUUGCUUUUGUGUUCUGCGGAAACUUCACUUCAUCAGUUCACCUUAGUAAACAAGGUAAAAUACUAAAAGACUGCUUUUCGACUUUGGCUGAUAUAAUUUCCAAAUAUCCCACUUUAGUCAAAUCCUGUCGUUUUAUUUUUGUCCCUGGCCCGCAUGACCCUGGUCCAGCCAACAUUUUACCACGUCCAGCUAUUCCUAACUCCAUAACUGAAGAGUUCCGCAAGAAAGUCCCGAAUGCUAUUUUCACCAGCAACCCUUGCCGUAUUCAGUACUGCACACAAGAGAUUGUCAUAAUUCGAGAAGAUAUUGUCACAAAAUUAUGUCGAAACUGCAUCCAUUUUCCUGCAUCUGGAGAUGUACCUACACAUUUUGCCAAAACUGUGAUCUGUCAGAGUCACCUGUGCCCACUGCCUCUCCAUGUCUGCCCCAUUUACUGGGCUUAUGACUGCGGCAUGCACCUCUAUCCCCUGCCUGACCUGCUCGUAGUUGCAGACAAAUACGAUGAAUUUACGGUUACAUCAGUUGACUGCAUGAUUAUGAAUCCGGGUUGCUUUCCACAAUCUGAUUUUAGCUUCAAAGCAUACAUGCCUUACACAAGACAGAUUGAGAACAGCAAGAUUGAUUAA